CCUACCUACCUACCUACCUUACCUAGGGUAGGUACUAGGUAGUUGGGGUUCGGGCAAACCGCAAAGAGGGGGUUCUUGCCUUUGUCGAGAACAGAUGCAAUAUAGGCAAGCAGUAUGUAGCUACUUGCUAAGCUCUAGUAUAUACAUACCUAUCUACCUAGGUAGGGAGGAGGGUACUAUUCGGCAGGUGGCACAAGGUAGGUAGGUAGCUCAAGUAUUUAUAUCUACUCAUCCCCCUUUCCUCUGUUUGUUUUUCGUCUUUCCGUUCCCUCCGGUUGCUCCAACAUAAUCGACUAUUUGUCUAUCUACUUGGAAGCACUGUUCCUUUGAAGAGAGAGAUAUUUCUUCUGUACUUAGGGAGUAUUCAACUUUCUUCUAAUUUUAAAGCCCAAGUGGCACUCUGGAUCUGAUUCACCACCACUAUCUCAUAUAAUUGAAUUGGCUUUUCAUUGAUCGUAAUCAUGGUUGCCAACGAGAAGCCCGCAUCUACCUUUCGGUACAAUGAGAAGCCUGUGUACACUACCUCCAAUGGCUAUCCCAUCCAUCAUCCUUCUAGCUGGCAGCGAGUUGGCACCAAUGGUCCACUCUUGCUUCAGGACUUCCACUUGAUUGAUCUUCUCGCCCAUUUCGACCGGGAGAGAAUCCCCGAGCGUGUUGUCCACGCCAAGGGAGCCGGUGCCUAUGGCGAGUUCGAGGUUACCGAUGAUAUCAGCGACAUUACCUCUAUUGACAUGUUGACUGGUGUCGGCAAGAAGACUCCAUGUGUCACUCGCUUCUCUACCGUUGGUGGCGAGAAGGGCUCGGCUGAUAGUGCCAGAGACCCUCGAGGUUUUGCUAUCAAGUUCUACACUCAAGAAGGAAACUGGGAUUGGGUUUACAAUAACACCCCUAUCAUCUUCCUUCGAGACCCCACCAACUUUCCCCUCUUCAUCCACACCCAGAAGCGUAACCCUCAGACCAACUUGAAGGACGCCACCAUGUUUUGGGACUACCUAUCUACGCACCAGGAAUCUGUUCACCAGGUCAUGCACCUCUUCUCUGACAGAGGAACUCCAUACUCUUACCGGUUCAUGAAUGGCUACUCCGGACACACCCAUAAAUUCACGAAGCCUGACGGCUCCUAUGUUUAUGUCCAAAUACAUCUCAAGACCGACCAAGGAAGCAAGACCCUCAACAACGAGGAGGCUGGCAAGUUGGCAUCUGAUAACCCUGACUUCGCCACCCAAGACCUCUUUGAGUCCAUCCAGAAGGGCGAAUACCCUAGCUGGACCGUCUACAUCCAGACAUUGACUCCAGAGCAAGCCGAGAAGUUCAAAUGGAACAUCUUUGACUUGACGAAGGUCUGGCCGCAAGCCGAAGUGCCCCUUCGACGCUUUGGCAAGAUGACGCUCAACAAGAACGUGGAGAACUACUUUGCCGAGAUCGAGCAAGUCGCAUUCUCCCCAUCCCACCUCGUCCCGGGCGUUGAGCCCUCGGCAGACCCCGUGCUCCAGUCCCGUCUCUUCUCCUACCCCGACACCCACAGACACAGGCUCGGCGUCAACUACCAGCAAAUCCCCGUGAACGCACCCCUCCACGCCUUCAACCCCUUCCAGCGCGACGGCGCCAUGUCCGUGAACGGCAACUACGGCGCAAACCCCAACUACCCCAGCAGCUACCGCUCCCUGACGUACAAGCCCAUCAAGCCCACCAACCAGCACGAGAAGUGGACCGGCCUCGCCGUGACUGACCUCUUCGACGAGAUCAAGCCCCACGACUACGAGCAGGCAAACGGCCUGUGGAACGUCCUCGGCCGGACCCCCGGCCAGCAGGAGAACUUCGUCAAGAACGUGUCGGUUCACCUGUGCGACGCGCACCAGGACACUCGGGCGCGGACUUAUGACAUGUUCACCAAGGUCAGCCCGGACCUCGGCGCUGCCAUCAAGGCUGCCACGGAGAAGAACGUCAAGCUCUGAGCCCAGAAUGUUCCCGCAGAGGUGCCGGGACGGCAUAAAAGGACAUGUGUGUAAAAUGAGAAACUCACUCUCGCUGCCUUGAGUUAAAAUAUUCAGUUAAUAUACUGUGGACAUUGAGUUAUGAAUCUAACCUAGCA